GCUCCAGACCACUUGAGGCGUGUUGUAACAAUUUGGGGGAUAAGCACUUUUUUUUUUUUUUCUCCACCCAGCUAAACCAGCCUCUGUAAUUCGCCCAGUUCCGAAGAGACCUCGACACAAAUUGCCGCAGAGGCUCCGCUCACUCGCCGGGUCCUGCUGUCUAUGGUCCUCCGGAAGUGUCUGCCUUCUCUCCCCCUGGCGGUAAAAUGGCGGCUGAAGAUUGCGAUAUGCCGAUGGCUCCCGAGUCGGAGAUGAGCGAAGAGGAGAUUGAAAGGGAAGCCGAGGGCUUUAAAGAACAAGGAAAUGCUUUUUACAUCAAGAAGGAUUAUUCUGAAGCAUUCAACUUCUACACAAAAGCCAUCGAUGCAUGCCCCAAAAAUGCAAGUUAUUAUGGGAAUAGAGCCGCCACCCUGAUGAUGCUGAACCGCCACCGGGAGGCGCUAGAAGAUGCACAGCAGGCUGUCCGGAUGGACGACAUGUUUGUGAAGGGUUACCUCCGGGAAGGGAAGUGUCACCUGUCCCUCGGCAACGGCAUGGCAGCCAGCCGCUCCUUCCAGAGGGUUCUAGAACUGGAGCCGGACAACACUCAGGCACCCCCAGAGUUGAAACAUGCCAAAGCUGUUCUGGAAUACGAGAGAAUGGCAGAGAUCGACUUUGAAAAACGAGACUUUAGGAAGUGUGUGUUCUGCAUGGACCGUGCACUGGAGUACGCGCCCGCCUGCCACCGGUUCAAAAUCCUCAAAGCAGAGUGCUUAGCCCUGCUUGGGCGCUACCCUGAAGCACAGUCGGUCGCCAGUGAUAUUUUGCGCAUGGACUCUACGAAUGGGGAUGCUCUGUAUGUACGGGGGCUGUGUCUGUACUACGAGGACUGUAUUGAGAAAGCAGUGCAGUUUUUCGUCCAGGCUCUUCGCAUGGCGCCAGAUCAUGAAAAAGCCCGGCUGGCCUGCAGAAAUGCCAAAGCCUUGAAAGCCAAGAAGGAAGAAGGGAACAAUGCCUUCAAAGACGGCAAUUACGAAGCCGCGUAUGAUCUGUACUCGGAGGCACUGACAAUAGACCCCAACAACAUUAAAACAAACGCCAAACUCUACUGUAACAGGGGGACCGUGGGUUCGAAGCUAAAAAAAUUAGAACAAGCAAUAGAAGACUGUACAAAUGCGAUAAAACUGGAUGAAACUUACAUCAAAGCAUAUUUGAGGCGAGCGCAGUGUUUUCUAGACACGGAACAAUAUGAAGAGGCUGUUCGGGAUUAUGAAAAAGUUUAUCAGACGGAGAAAACAAAAGAACACAAGCAUCUUCUAAAGACUGCACAACUGGAACUGAAGAAAAGCAAACGAAAAGAUUACUAUAAGAUCCUGGGAGUGGAUAAAAACGCUACAGAUGAUGAGAUUAAGAAAGCGUAUAGGAAACGAGCACUCAUGCACCACCCAGAUCGUCACAGUGGAGCCAGUCCGGAGAUGCAAAAAGAAGAGGAGAAAAAAUUCAAGGAGGUGGGAGAAGCUUUUACUGUGCUCUCGGAUCCCAAGAAGAAAGCCAGAUAUGACAGCGGACAGGAUCUGGAUGAAGAGGGCAUGAACAUGGGCGAUUUUGAUGCCAACAACAUCUUCAAGGCGUUUUUCGGAGGUCCUGGGGGCUACAGCUUCGAAGCUAAUCCAUCUUCCGGCCCUGGCAAUUUCUUUUUUCAGUUUGGUUAAAAACAAAGAGAGAAACAUUUUUAAAAGAUUUCUGUUGUGUUUCAAAACUUAUGUCUGGGACAUAAUUUAAUCAAGAGACUCAUCGUUCCUCCAAGUUUUAAUGUACUCUGUUUUUCAGUUGGUAUACCUCUGUAUUUGUACUUUACAUGUAUGAAGAAAGAAAAUUCAUCAGAUAUGGGAGGGAAAAAAACAACCACAUGGCCUCUUUUGUUUCGUUUUUAUGAUAUGUUUAUUAAAAUGGUUCUGAAAGUA